AUGAAUAUUCCUAGCUUUUGUGAUGAAAACUUAUCUGAAGACCUCAUUGAUGAGAAUGCUUCAGUCUCUAGUGUUAAUACAUCUCCUAAUCUUGAGAAGAAUAUGUCUGGAUCUCCAUUCAGCAGGAAAAGUAGUCUUGAUAAAGUCUUUGAACCUUCUUCAAAAGAUUUUACUUUACCUCUUGUAGAGUGAGCUAAAGAAGAAUCAAGUGGCAAUAGUAAAUGCAGAUAUUGCAAAUAAAAUGGGAGAAAUCAAGAGACAUACCAACAGGCCCCCUACUCAUUCAUCAAAGCUUCAAUCAGAUAUCAAGGGUUUACUGAGGCAAGUUAUCAGGAUGAAGAGCUGACUGUGAGAGGAUAAAAAUCAAAUAGGCCUCAAAAUGCAAUCUCAGUCUGGCCACGCUUGCGAUGAAGUGGUGGUCACAAUGCAAGAUAUCAAAAGUGCAGAAGAAGCACUCUUCUAACAAUAAUUAAUAUAAAUAUUCGUCUAAAACAGUUUUUUUAUUUCAUAAGUUUACUCAAAUGAAGGGAAAGAAUUGUAGAAGAGGCUUGAAAAAAUUCUCCAUUU